AUGGUUCAGCCACUACCCAGUGAUGACCGGGGUUUUAUCUGUCCAGAUAAAUACGAGACCGAACAGAAACAGAGCCUUCUCAGUAAUGAUGAUUUCGAAGGCAAUUUGAAAAAAGGCCCCUGUAAAAAAAGAGCCCAACUAUGGAACACCUUGGCUAAAAUUGGCGCCUUCUACUUCCUGAUCUAUAUCUUGAUAAGAUUGACUAGGACACCACGGCCCCCACUCCCGGAACCAGAGGUGGCGCCUGCAGUCUGCCAGACGCCAGAAUGUAUCCACGCUGCGUCCGAAAUUCUGUACAACUUAGAUCCAAACUAUAAGAGUAUUGAUCCUUGCACCGAUUUCGACCAGUAUGUUUGCGGUGGCUGGAGAGAGAUUCACGAUAUGCGAUCUGAUCAAGGAUCGAUAUUUGCUGGCACUAUCAUGGAAGAGAACUCCCAAACUCGUCUACGUCACAUUGUCGAGCGCUCAGAGCCUUCUGAGCAGUCUGAUACCGAGAACUUCAAGAAGCUCAAAGAUGCAUACGAUGCUUGCUUGGACGAGUUCACUAUUAGGCAACGCGGCAGCGAGCCCUUGGUUCAUAUUUUGGCGGAACUGAAGAAGGUAUACCCUGCCGAGAAAGGUAUUGUUUCAGGAACUCUUGACCAUCUUACCAGUGCAAUCCUUUAUCUCAUAAAAUCUGGUGUCGAAGCAUUGGUUUCCCCAGGAGUUUCGGCUGAUGAUAGAGACCCUGACAAUGUUGCCAUCUUUGUUUCGCCACCUGGAGGCAUCGGACUGCCGGCACGAGAGUAUUACAACAAUACAGAGACUGUUGCCAAGUACACUGCAGUCUUGAAGCAGAUAUUCCAAGGAUUCGAUGUUAGCCAUUACGAUAGAAUCGCUGAGGACGUUGUAGCAUUUGAGAAAAAGCUUGCAGAUGCGUCUCCAGAUACAGAAACUUCAGAGGACGUCACGAAAUACUAUAACCCAUUCAGCAUUAAGGAGACUGAGUCGCUGCUUCCAGAGAUUUCUUUUACCGAUAUUAUCUCUGAAUUAGCGCCGCAUGACUUUAAAGGCGACCGUCUGAUUGUCGCAUCACCUUCGUACAUGAAAGCAUUGUCGGACAUUUUGAAGAAUACCUCUCGUGAGACGGUGUCUUUCUUCCUGCAGUGGAAGUUGAUUCAGCGGUACUCAGACACCAUUGAGGAUAAGACAGUUGAACCCCUUCGCCAAUUCGAAAAUGAGCUUGGAGGUAAGGAUCCUCAAGCGAAGGAAGAGCGCUGGCGCACGUGCAUUAAUUUGCUAGAUGGUGGUCAAGGCUGGAGUCUGAGUCGGUUCUACGUGUUGGAUUCUUUCUCCGAGGAAUCCAAGCAGCUCGGAGAUCAGAUCGUGUCUGAUAUCAAGGAACGUUUCAUUUUUACGCUUGACCAAACUGAGUGGAUGUCGCCAGAUGUUCGAAAGCUGGCUAUACAGAAAGUGGCCAACAUUGUCCAAAAGAUCGGGUAUCCGACCAACAGCCCUAAUGUCCUCGACGCAAAGGAUGUAGAGAAGUAUUAUCAGGAUCUGAAGGUGUCUAACGGCACUUUCUUUGAGAAUGAACUCAAUGUGGCCAAGUUUGAUCUUCGCAACGAGUGGUCAAAGCUAGGAAAGCCCACGGACCGCGAUGAAUGGGAUAUGACUGCCCCUACAGUUAAUGCCUACUAUAAUCCUCCGGGCAAUGAGAUCGUCUUCCCUGCCGGGAUCAUGCAACCUCCAACGUUUUAUGGACCUACGGCCCCAUUAUAUCUGGCCUAUGGUGCAUUUGGUGCCGUUGCUGGGCAUGAGCUGUCACACGCAUUUGACUCAACCGGCCGCCAUUAUGACGAAGUCGGAAACUUUACCAACUGGUGGGACUCCAAGACUGUCGAUGCCUUUGAAGAGCGUGCACAGUGCUUUGUCGACCAAUACUCCAAAAUCACAGUGGAAGGUCCAGGUGGUAAGGUCCUUCAUGUCAAUGGACGACUGACACUGGGUGAGAAUCUUGCCGAUGCUGGCGGUCUGAGUGCUUCCUACCAUGCAUGGCAGAAGCGUGGCACCGACGAUGCCAAUCUUCCAGGUCUGCUUGACUUUUCGAAGGAGAAGUUGUUUUUCAUCUCGUAUGCGAACUGGUGGUGCGGAAAGAACAGCCUCCAGGCAGCGGAAAGAGGCAUAUAUAAUGACCCACACGCACCUAAGCGGGCGCGGAUCAUUGCAACCAUGGCCAACUCUCGAGAGUUCAAGGAAGCGUUCCAAUGCCCGGAUAAAAAGCCUGUCUGCAAGCUCUGGUAG